CCUACCCACCAAUUUGGUGAUCUUUGGCGUUAGCUUGGAUUUUGUAUUAAUUAAUGUUAGUUCUAAUACUACAGCAAAUCUCAGAGUGAAAAAUCAUUAUUGGAUAGUUGUAGAGAGAAUUAUGAAUGUAGAAGGUUCGAACAUCGAAGCCCCGCCGGGAAAUGAUGCAUCCAAAUUUGAUGAAGAUGGCCAUCCAAAAAGAACUGGAACGGUAUGGUCAGCAGGGGCCCACAUAAUAACAGCAGUUAUCGGGUCGGGUGUAUUGACGUUGGCAUGGGCCAUCGCACAAAUGGGCUGGAUGGCUGGGCCCAUUGUUCUCAUCGCGUUCUCAAUUAUCACUAUGUUCACCUCGACCUUACUCGCUGACUGUUAUCGCGCCGCUGACGGCACCAGAAAUUACGUCUACAAAGACGCCGUCAAAUCCUAUCUAGGAGGCAUUAAAUAUAAGUUUUGCGCGGUGGUUCAAUACAGCUAUCUUGUCGGUGUGACGAUUGGAUACUCGAUCACAACCGCUAUCAGCUUGGUGGCGAUGAAAAAAUCAUUGUGCUUUCACAAACAUGGACACAACCAUGAUUGCACAUUGUCCAACAAUCCUUUCAUUGUGCUAUUCGGAUUGAUACAAAUAGCUCUGUCCCAAGUCCCCAACUUUCACGAGCUCGCAUUUCUCUCCUUCAUCGCGGCCAUCAUGUCGUUCAGCUACGCCUCCAUCGGCCUCGGCCUCUCCAUCGCCAAAAUCACGGGGAAAAAACGCGCCACCACCAGCAUCACUGGGAAACCAAUCACAGAUUCCUACUCCGCCGAGGAGAAGAUGUGGAGCUGCUUCGCUGCGAUCGGGAACAUGGCGUUCGCCUACGCCUUCGCCGUCGUCCUGAUCGAGAUCCAGGACACGAUCCGAUCAGGAGCGCCGGAGAGCAAGGUGAUGAAACGCGCCUCCGUCGUCGGAAUCCUAAUCUCGACGGUUUUCUACAUGCUGUGCGGCGCGCUAGGGUAUGCCGCCUUCGGCAACGCCGCGCCGGGGAACUUCCUGACCGGGUACGGCUUCUACGACCCGUACUGGCUGAUCUUAACGGCAAAUCUGUUCAUCGCCAUCCACCUGUUCGGAGCGUACCAGGUUUUCUCCCAGCCGGUGUUCGGGGCGGUGGAGGGGUGGUGCAGGCGGCGGUGGCCGGGGAACACGUUCGUGAGCAAGGAGCACAAGUGGGGGAGAUUGAGGGUGAAUUUUUUUCGGGUGGUGUGGCGGAGUGGGUACGUGGUGUUCACGACGCUGGUGGCGAUGCUGCUGCCGUUUUUCAAUGAUUUCGUGGGGCUGCUGGGUGCGAUAUCGUUCUGGCCACUAGCGGUGUUCUUCCCCAUCGAGAUGUACAUGGUGAGGGCAAAGAUCUCGCGGUGGUCGUGCCGGGGGUUCUUGCUGCAGGUUCUUAGCGGAUUCUGCCUUGUGGCUUCGCUGCUCGCUGGCGCCGGGUCUAUUAGGGGGCUUGUUCACUCCCUCAGAAAAUUCGAGCUUCUGCAGUCGCGAUCCUGAUUGUUGGAUUUGUUGACAUUAAUAAAUUAAAUCAUUUCUGCUCUGUAUUUGUAUAUAUGUGAUCCUCCCUUAUACUGAUUGAACUCAACAUUUGUAAUUAAUUGGUCACUGAAAUAUUGUCAACUUUGGAGUACUAUCGGUUACAACCAGUGACAGGAGCCACGUUGGGCCCCUCAGCCAUUUUCCUUUUACCUAUAUGGAGUAUAACAAUGAUCAAGUACUGUUGUAGCUCAGCUGGUUCCUCCCUCCGUCUACCACCUGGGUGAUUAGAGCCUCCUCACAGGCGCAGAUUUGUUUCCUUUUUAUACUCUCCAUUUCUCUUUUAUGUUUAAUAUCCUAAUAUGUACUUAUAAUAUUAGUAUAAAUUUAUAUUUAUUCCUUUCUUUUCUUUAAUUUAAAAUUUUUAAUCUGUACAUAUCUAUGAAUAAAAAAUAUUUAUUAUCCCAUAAAUAUGUAACUACUAUAAUACUAGCAUCAUUAAUUUUCAUUUUUA